UCCAAAUUUGCAAUUGUUAUUGAGAGCGCGAGGAAGCGCGAGAGGAGCGCGAGAGAGCGAGAGAAAGAGGGGAGGAAGCGGAUGCACGUGUUGUAACCACCCUUGAGACGCAAGCAGGCAGGCAAGCAAGCAAGCAAGCAAGCAAGCAAGCUAGCUAGCUAUCAGCUAUGUCGGCGCGCGCGUUAGCUCAUGUUGUCCCUGUGCAGCAGCAGCAGCAGGAGUUCUGCUCGCUGUCUAGUCUCGCCCCGGCGGUAGGAGGAGCAGUACACCGACAUGCGGCCUCUCUUGUGACCUUCAAGCCGUUGAUUUCUCGAAAUCAUGGAGCAUCGCAAACGCUGCGGAUGACAACGACGGGGCCGCUGCUGCGACCGCCGCUGCCGCCGGCUGUGCGGCACGAACGCCGCGCAUCGCACACACAUAUUCGCGCGGCGGCGGCGGCGGCGCGGGAUAACGGGGGAUUGGGCGGGAACGAAUCUAGGCCAACGGGGAAUCAGAAGAAGAGAAAUGCUGUUCGGGAAUACGUACUCAAACCGUUUCAGGAAAGGCGGGCGUUGAAGAUCAUCUCUGGGCUUCAUAAUCUUGAUGCUGAGAAUGUGGCGGCGGUUGUUGCGGCUGCAGAUCAGGGAGGGGCGACUCAUGUUGACAUUGCGUCCGAUCCAGAACUUGUGAGAAUGGCUUUGGAGAUCACGACACUCCCGGUGUGCGUCUCGUCUGUUGAUCCGGACUCCUUCAUUGCUGCAGUUGAUGCCGGUGCGCAUAUGAUUGAAAUCGGAAAUUAUGAUUCUUUCUACAAGGAAGGGCGGACAUUCUCUGCUGCGGAGGUACUGGAGCUCACAUGCAGGACUCGACAGUUACUCCCAAGAAUUGUGCUGUCGGUCACUGUACCACACACGCUUCCUCUUGAUGAGCAGGUUCGAAGGCUCGGUGGAGAGAACUGCCUUGGAGGAGGAUUUUCUGGGUGCGAUUCUGGGCUGAGGAAAGAAAGGGUUCCGGUUUCCAAGUCAGAGGAUAAGGGACAUUUCAGGGCACGGAAAGAAAGUUUUCCGGAGCUGAACGAUGAUGAGUGCGCGGAGAGAGAUGCCGGAGAGAGAGCUACACUGCCAAGGACUAGCAAAUCGACUGCCAUUUCAUGGCUUAGUACCGCGCGGUCGUCGAUGAUCGGCCAUUGUCAGACGGCGACGGCCAUGGCUACGCUGGCAUGGCAGUGGGCUAGGACUCCGUCGUCUGCUUCUGCUUCUACUCUUGCGCAGUCCUUUCCACUGUCAGGUAGUGUAAGAGGGAUUGAGCAUGUCGCUGCUCACCGCUGGGCCGACAUCUCUCCUCUCUACACGGUUGCAGCUGCAGAACUGGAUCCGGCCACUGCCGUGCUCAUUGCUGCCAUCCUGAGACCUGUUUUUGCAGUCCUGACGUUUUUAUUCAUUCUUAGAAUAAUCAUGUCAUGGUAUCCGCAGCUCCCCGUCAACCAGCUUCCUUACGUCUUAGUGUAUGCCCCCACAGAGCCUGUUCUGGCCCCCACUAGGCGGGUGAUACGUCCGGUGAAACUUGCCGAGGCUCUCGAAGCAGAAGGCGUUGACAUAAUUCAAACUGAGGGAGGCACAAGCUCGUCGCCAACAAGCAGUGGUGUGCAUGGACUGAUUGAGAAGGGAGUUGGUUCUGCUGUAAAUAAGCUGAAUAGCAAAGUGGCAAUGGUUUGCGCUGUGAGAGCUAUUGCUGAUGCCCUGGGAAUAUCAAGUGCUGUCUCUGUGACCAUGGGGUCCCAUAUAUAGGGCAACAAUCUCCAGCGGUAGACAGGUGGAGCAAAGGAGAGAAAGAGGAGAGGAGAGAAGAGGAGAGGGGAGAGAGAGGAGAGGAGAGGGGAGAGGAGAGGAAAGGAGAGGAGAGGGGAGAGAGAGGAGAGGAGACAGAGAGGGGUGCAAUCGCAUUGAACGUCAGUGACGCACAGGUGAAGGAAAACGGGAGGAGAGUAAAGGAGAGAGAGUUGCAGUCGCAAUGUGAAUGACUAAGCGGCGGCUACAGUUGUGCGUUAUUACACGUGUGAGUAGCGAUCUCAUAAAAAAAAAAAAAAAAAAAAAAAAAAAAAGUCCAUGAGAGAGAGAAGGAUAUGGUGUGUUAGUAAUUAUAACCGUCCCCCCUUUUUCUUUUGUACAGGACCCCAAAAUCCCAAGUACGUACGCCUGCAAACUAGAGGAGAUCCCUGUUAAGGAACCCCUUUUAAGGAGACCCCUUUAAUGAGCCCCCUGUUAAGGAGACCCCUUUGAGGAGAUCCCUUUAAGGACACCCCUCUUUAAGGACACCCCUUUAAGGACACCCCUUUAAGGACACCCCUCUUUAAGGAGACCCCUUUAAGGAGACCCCUUUUGAGGAGAUCCCCUUAAGGACACCCCUCGUAAGGACCUUUGCAUUUGACAAAGACCUUUAAACUUGACAAAGACCCCUUUAAGGAGACCCCUCUAAGGACCUUUUGUAACCUAGGCAAACACCCCUUUAAGGACCUUUAAACUAGACAAAGACCCCCCCUUUAAGCAGACCCCUUCCAAAUAAACCUCUGCAAACUAGACAAAGACCCCUUUAAGGGAACCCCUUUAAGGAGAACCCGUUAAGGCGGCUCCUUUAAGGAGCCCCAUUAAGGACCCCCAAUUUGACGAAUCGUUGGUCCUUAAUUCAAUGUGCUCUCCACUGGAAUGUGUGGCUGCGUGGCCUGGUUCCGGAUCUUUAUGGCCGCAUCUGGACUGAAAGUCGCACGAAAUACAGCUGUAAUGACCGCUGGGCGCUCUAUUUGAGGAAGAUGGUAGCUUUCUAGUGCCUUCUUGGGCCCUGGUUGUAAUAUCUAUUAGGGAAGCAGUCCACCUUUCUCUCUCCCCCUCCCCCCCCCCCUUUGAAAUCCUCGAUUGCACCCACCAGCAAUGGCCCUUGUUGAUGAUAAUGUGUCUGACUGAGGGGAUACUGUUCAUGCCUGAGAAGCGGGGGCGAGGGGGGGGAGGGGGGGGAGAAUUGUAACAAUAUGACAAAAUAUGCCUACGAGAAGCUGAGCUAGGGGGGUGUUGCGGGUUUCUUCUGGUCCAGGGGGUGUUUCUUUUUUUUUUUUUAGGGGGGGGGGGGGGGGGGGGGGGGGGGGGGGGGGUAUUGCUAAUGGAAGACAUGCCACACGGUAGACAUAGGAGAGGGGGGGGUAUACUUUUAUCUACUGCCAUUGUGCUCUGGGACGCUUGACUUUGUGAUGUCCUCGCGGUACUAUGGUUCGUUCUAGCAUUCCUGACUGAUGCUCAUGGUCAUGAACCUCUCUCUCUCUCUCUCUCUCUCUCUCUCUCUCUCUCUCUCUCUCUCUCUCUCUUACUUGAGUAGGUGUUUUUUUUAUACCCUACCAUGCAUGAGAGCUUGGGUCUUUCUAUUUGGCAUCGGGCAUUAUUAUCUUACCUUCAUGCCAUUGUUAUCUUAUACACUGGCCAUUAUACUAAAUCUUUUGUUCCCCCCCCCCCCUUAUCCGCCAGCUAUUUGUAGAGUAGAUCGGGGGGGGCACGCUGAAAACAGUGAGAAGGAACGCUGGUGUUACUUUGGGUCCCUUCGUAGUCCCCCAUUAUUUUUUUCCCUCUCUCAGUAAUUGGUAGAUCUUCAAUACACAGCGCUGAGUGCAACUGAUUUUUUUUUUUUUUUCCCCUGUCCUGUCUGAAAUGGGCUGAUUCACCUUUGAUA